AUGUACAUCGCGGCAUCUACGAACGCCGUUAGCUCCGCACUCUUCCAAGAGAAAGACAACACCCAACAGCCCAUAUAUUUCACAAGCCGAAUCUUCCAAGACCCGGAAACACGAUACCAUAUGAUUGAAAAGAAACCAGAUUUGGCAGGACGGCUAUCUUCUUGGGCCAUCGAAUUGUCGGAGUUCAAUAUCCGAUAUGAACCACACGGACCCAUCAAAGCGCAAUGCUUAGCAGACUUCGCCAACGACCUUCAAAACCAACCCCCCACCCAAGACACUUGGUGGACAAUACAUGUAGAUGGCUCCUCGAACCCUCAAGGCGUCGGUGCAGGAAUAGUACUGGAAGGCCCCGACGACAUCCUUGUUGAACAAUACCUCCGCUUCAAUUUCAAAACUUCCAACAAUCAAGCAGAGUACGAAGCUAUAAUAAUUGGCCUCAAUCUAGCACGAGACGUCGGUGCCAAGAAACUACUCUGCAAAACAGACUCCAAGCUCACAAUGGGACACCUCAACGGCGAAUACCAGGUCAAGGACACCAUGCUCUCGCAAUACUACCACACGGUAACCGCCCUCAUCGAACACUUCGAGGCCUUCAAAAUCGAACAUGUCCCUAGAAGUAACAAUACUAGAGCCGUUAUCCUCUCCAAGCUCGCUAGCACUAAGAAGAGGGGGCGAUACAAGUCACUUUUGCAACACACCCUGAGCGUACCCUCCAUCGAACAAAAUAAUCAAUGCCUCAGCAUUACCACAACCGGCACCUGGAUGGAACCCUUUGUCAAGUACCUAGAAGAAGGAACCACUCCAGCAAACGAAGACAAAGGAUGGGCUCAAAAAGCGGCACGCUAUACUUUAAUUGAGGGAGAACUGUUCAGAAGAGGCUUCAGCAGACCCUUGCUCAAGUUCAUCACACGCGAACAAGCCGAAUAUGUCAUGCAAGAGAUACACCAAGGGAUCUGUGGCUAUCACUCGGGCCCCAAAACCAUGGCUGCCAGGAUACUACGCGCCAGAUACUUCUGGCCAACAAUGGAGGGAGAUUGCACCACACACGUCAGAAAAUGCGUUUAA